AUGGAACGACGCUCCAAACCACUCUCAUCUUCCAAUACAUCAUCUCAACCCCGAAAAUUUCGCAAUCCAUCCCCCCUCCCCAACGAUGGCCUAAGGGUCAAACCAGACCAUUCAGAUGCCGAAGUUCUCGUCGACACCCGCCCCUUCUACGCCAAAAAACGCUUCUGGUUCAACCUCCUCCUCUUCGCCUUUCUCUUCUACACCUACCUCGGCCAAUGGCUCAUCGGCACCUACUACUAUCAAGCCCAUUACAUCGGCGCCGCACUCGGCGAUGCCGCGCUUGAGACGGCGUGUGCGGGGGUUAAGAAGGUGAAGAAUCCGUGGAGGAAUCUGAGUAGGAGGGAUUGGUAUCGUUUGCAGAGUUGUUUGGGGAAUGAGGAUGGGUGGGAGAGACAGGGGGAUUUGAUGGGGUUGGUUAAGAAGGGGUUUAGGUGGGUGUGGUGGGCGGUAAAUCCUCUGGGGCCGGUGCCGACAUUCCUUGGAGCUGGGUUUGGUCUGUACUGGGUCAUUUCUGGGGGUUAUGAUAAGAUGAUUGCGAAACUACACCAGCUACCCGGCCGCACUCUCGCUCAAGUAACACCCUCUUCAAUGCCCAUAUUCGCUGGACUCAUGCUUCUAUUCAUCCCUCUUCGCAUAAUUGCAAUCCUUUUAGUACUUGGAUGCAUCUUUGGCCCUGGCUUAUACUCCUGGAACCGAGCAAGAGGAAGACAAGCCACCGUGGACGGUGAAAUUGCUGCUGCCAUCCAACCUAGUCUGCACAAAACUCGGAUAGCUGUAAGCUAUCUUCCACGACUGAAGAUAAUUCUCACAUAUGCUGGGGACAUGAUAUCGUCAAUCUUCUUUCACAACAAAUGCCACCACAUUCAGAAUUGCUCUUGCGAUAGAACCGACAUAAAAGAUUUAGAGAGCGAAUUGGAGGGUCGAAAAGCGAAGGUCCAAAUUCUAGAGGGAAGAUUACGCCAAAUCCAAGAGCAAAACAACAAGUUGCAAGAAACAGUGGCGAGUUCCAACUUCCGGAGACCCAGUCGGGUCUCAGAGAAUGGAGGACCAGCAAUCUGGUGGAAUAGAGAAGACAAGAGACCUGUCGCUCAAUCAUCAGGCUUGCCACAAAGCCCUGCAAGCACCGCUUUCGGCCAGGAUCGUUCGCUUGUUGAGGCCUUGCGAAAGGCGCUCACGGAGUCUGAUAUCGAGAAAAGAGCGCAGGAAACUAGAUAUGAAGCAAGAGUACGAAACUUAAAGGCACAAUUGGAGUAUGCUACUGGGGAAGGCAAUGUCGCUCUUUUCAAAGACGAGGUUGAUUCGCUAAAAUCACAACUCCGUCUCAAGCAGAAGGACUUGAACCUCGCGCAACGAAACGCGGCUCAAGCACUUCAACAACUAGAGUUUGAGAGAGAGGGAACUUCGCUUUCUUGCAGGAACGAGGCACGGUGUCAGUUGUUGAUUCAGAAGCUCGAAGGGGAAAGACAACUGUUGUUUGAGCAACACGCCGCAAACGAUAUUAUGGUACAGCAAGCAGCUCUUGAGUUUGGGAAAUCUGAAGCAGAAGCCAAGCGUUACACUCUUCGAACGUAUUUGCAAGAGAUCACUCAAGCUAUGGUUCAACAGAUCGCAGCUGGUGGGCUUGGCAAAGUCAAGAAUCAACCCGCCUUCAAAGGUAUUCUCAACAACAUGGAUAAAACCCGUAUCCGGGAACUCGAAGCAUACAAGAAUCGGUUGGAAGACGAGGUACAUCGUCUUGGCGGCAACGUUCAGAUAAUGAGACUUGGUCUUGAUCCGAAACGACCUAAACCAUUUCAUGAUCUCACUUACGAUGCGUUUUCCUCGGGAGCUUUCAAAGUAUACAGCGACUUGUGUGUUGGGGCUAAGACACUCACCGAUAUCUUUAUCUCUUCAGGUACGCCAUUGAUAGAAUGGAAUCAUGAUCCUCCACGGACAGAUGCCAGCAAUCGACGUUUUAUCGAGUGUAUAGAUCUCCUCGACCAUCGACCAAUCCUCGCAUUGAACCCCAAAUUCGAUCAAUAUGAGAUUCUGGUGCAGAGUCUGGUUCGUGCGGAGAUAUCACGUCUGUUUAACCGUGUGAUAGAUCUCAAGAGAGUCAUUACCAGAUAUCCAGCCGAGAACACAGCACUCUAUCGAGAUCGAGUCCUAAAUCCACUUGCCGUGGUUGGGAGCCUCUCUCGCACUGCCGUGCUCUAUCUGGAUGAUAUUCGAGUUCUAGAAAAACGCUACACCAACAUCGAAGACUCCAUGCUCGCAGCCCGAGCAGCUCGUCGCUACAAAAUCUGGCGAGCAAUGCAAGAAGCAAUCGAAUGUCUAAUCAAAGCUAUCGAGUCCUUCAACGCCUUCCCCCCAGCCUGGCGAGAAGAGCGCGACCGCCCACCACCCAGCUUCGACCCCACCAAAACCUUCGAAGACCUCGUCGCGCGCCUCGUCAAAUUCGAAAUCAACUCCCUCGAAGACCGCAUGCUCCAACUCGUCACCUUCAUGGAAUCCGAACGUCUCCCGGGCACCACAAACGGCCAACCGCGUCUCGCAGGCUCCCCAUCGUAUCAAGCAAACUGGGACGCCCUCUACACAGCCAAACUCUACGCCCUCCUCUGCCGCGACCACUGGUACACAGAAUGCUACCCCAGCGCGCCCUCCAAGAUAAAACUCCCGCUCGAUCACCCCCCCUUAUUGCACGCUCUCCGCCGCGAGAAGGGAGACGUGCUAGUCACAGUUCCCAACCCCUUCCCCUGGAAACUCUCAGGCGGGGCCCUAAGACCGGUAACGGUUGUUGACGCUGGCGCAGAAGGUCUUCACAAAACUGCUAUCCUCGAAGAUAACGUACCAAGCGUGAAAUGGUCUCUCCCCUCCCCCACCGACGACGAAGCGCCAUCCUCCGUCAUGGCAGAUUACGCCACCGAGCGGAGGUACUACGACAAACACUACGCGUGCGUCGCGCAACUCCGGACGUUUAUCGACGCGAGUGAGGUGAGAAGGGAUCACGGCCCCCCGCUGUGGAGGACGAAUGAUGUGAGCAUGGGGCUGAUGCAGGCGAAGAAGGGGUGGUUGUGGAGGGAGUGUGUCGAUUUGGAGGUUUUUAUGCAUGCUAAUGGGUUGGUUGUGCCCGGGUGGCCGCAUGAGGGGGGUGGGAUGGUGCCGGGGAAGGGGUUUGGAGGGGAGGGAGGGUGGACGGGGGGGAAGGUUGUUGGGAGUUGGGAGGGGGAGGGGGAUGAGGAGAUGGUUUAG